CAGGUGAUCCAACCGCCUUGGCCUCCAAAAGCGCUGGGAUUACAGACGUGAGCCACCGCGCCCGGCCCAAAAGACUUGGCUUCUAAAGUGUUUGUUUUACAAUCUCGGGUCUUAGAAAUAACAAGGGUGGCAUGAGAGGAAGCUGUCCAGGGGCUGUGGAUUGUGGGCAGCCUUCCCCUGAGCCAGUACGAGGACGUGGAUAAGGGGCAACAGGUCCUUGCCGCUGUUCUCAGUUAGGUCCCUGGCCCGUGCCUAAGGCCUGGGAUCUAUCUAGGCCGGGAGCCCCAGUCUUAACCGCAGCCUCGGCAAGCUGCGCAACAUCUCUGAACUGGGGCUGUGCGGAUUCGAGAAGACAGCAGACGCGAAAGGAGCCCAGCCAGGACUGGUGCUUCCCGCAAGUGGCCGCGCGGGGCUGCCCAGGGAUUACUCUGGCGAAGCUGGCGGGCCAGGCCAGGCGUUCCCGGGGCCCCUCCUGUGACGCCACGGGCGUUGCCCAGCAACCGCGAACGCCGAGGUGGCGAGCGUGCCGGCGGGCGGCUGGGGAGGCUCCGGGCUGAGGUUCUGCGGCGGCGCCUGCAGCGCGGAUCCCCCACGUCCCCGCUCGGGCCGGGCCUCAGAAACGGGCGAGCCUGGGCGCGGGAGGAGGCGGCGGCCCCGGCUCGGGUCUUGUGACUCCCCGCUCCCCUCGGGGCGCCCCACAAGGAGUCCCCGCCCCCCGCCGCGGCCCCGCCCCCGCCGCAAGGCCCCGCCCCCCGUGGCUGGCGCUGGCCCCACCCCUUGGCCCGGGCUGCUGGGGGUCCCCGGCGGGGCGGGGGUCGGCUCUGGUCCCGGUGGUCCUGGGCGCGGCGCCAUGGCUUCCGAAGCGGUGAAGGUUGUCGUGCGCUGCCGCCCCAUGAACCAACGGGAGCGGGAGCUGCGCUGCCAGCCCGUGGUGACUGUGGACUGCGCUCGCGGCCAGUGCUGCAUCCAGAACCCGGGCGCCGCAGACGAGCCGCCCAAGCAGUUCACCUUCGACGGCGCCUACCACGUGGACCACGUCACCGAGCAGAUCUACAACGAGAUCGCCUACCCGCUGGUGGAGGGCGUCACUGAGGGCUACAAUGGCACCAUCUUUGCCUACGGCCAGACAGGCAGUGGGAAGUCCUUCACCAUGCAGGGCCUGCCGGAUCCACCCUCCCAGAGAGGCAUCAUCCCCAGGGCCUUCGAGCACGUGUUCGAGAGCGUCCAGUGUGCAGAGAACACCAAGUUCCUGGUCCGGGCCUCCUACCUGGAGAUCUACAAUGAAGAUGUGCGGGACCUCCUGGGGACUGACACCAAGCAGAAGCUGGAGCUGAAGGAGCACCCAGAGAAGGGCGUGUACGUGAAGGGGCUGUCCAUGCACACGGUGCACAGCGUGGCCCAGUGUGAGCACAUCAUGGAGACCGGCUGGAAGAACCGCUCAGUCGGCUACACGCUGAUGAACAAGGAUUCCUCACGCUCCCACUCCAUCUUCACCAUCAGCAUCGAGAUGUCUGCUGUGGAUGAGCGGGGCAAGGACCACCUCCGGGCGGGCAAGCUGAACCUGGUGGACCUGGCGGGCAGCGAGCGGCAGUCCAAGACCGGGGCCACAGGCGAGCGGCUCAAGGAGGCCACCAAGAUCAACCUGUCGCUGUCGGCACUGGGCAACGUCAUCUCGGCGCUGGUGGACGGGCGCUGUAAGCACAUCCCCUACCGUGACUCGAAGCUGACGCGGCUGCUGCAGGAUUCACUGGGCGGCAACACCAAGACGCUGAUGGUGGCCUGCCUGUCGCCUGCGGACAACAACUACGAUGAGACACUCAGCACGCUGCGCUACGCCAACCGGGCCAAGAACAUCAGGAACAAGCCGCGCAUCAACGAGGACCCCAAGGAUGCGCUGCUUCGCGAGUACCAGGAGGAGAUCAAGAAGCUCAAGGCCAUCCUGACGCAGCAGAUGAGUCCCAGCAGCCUGUCAGCCUUGCUGUCCAGGCAGGUGCCCCCAGACCCUGUGCAGCUGGAGGAGAAGCUGUUGCCCCCACCUGUGAUCCAGCAUGACAUGGAGGCCGAGAAGCAGCUGAUCCGGGAGGAGUAUGAAGAGCGCCUGGCCCGGCUGAAAGCUGACUAUAAGGCUGAGCAGGAGUCUCGGGCCAGGCUGGAGGAAGACAUCACUGCCAUGCGCAACUCAUAUGAUGUCAGGCUGUCUACACUGGAGGAGAACCUGCGGAAGGAGACAGAGGCUGUCUUGCAGGCGGAAGUCCUCUACAAGGCUGAGGUCAUGUCCAGGGCCAAGUUUGCCACCAGCUCUGAGUACCCACCUGCUUUCCAGUAUGAGACAGUGGUGAAACCCGAGGUCUUCUCCACGACUGACACUCUGCCCAGUGAUGACGUCUCCAAGACUGAGGUUUCCUCCAGGUUCGCGGAGCUGCCCAAUGUGGAACCCUCCAAGUCUGGGAUUUCUCUGGGCUCCAGUGAGUCAUCCUCACUCGAAGAAACCUCUGUGUCUGAGGCUUUCCCUGGGCCCGAGGAGCCCUCCAACGUGGAGGUCUCCAUGCCCACUGUGGAGUCCAGGAGCAGAUACUUCCUGGAUGAGUGUGUCGGGCAGGAGGCCGCUGGGCACCAGCUGGGGGAACAGAACUACCUCCCGGAAGAGGAGCCGCAGGAGGUGCCCCUGCAGGGGUUACUAGGCCUGCCGGACCCGUUUGCCGAGGUGGAAGCCAAGCUGGCCAGACUCUCCUCCACCGUGGCCAGGACAGACGCAUCCCAGGCAGACAUCCCCAAGGUCCCCGUGCAGGCCCCCGUGCUGACAGACCUGCUGGAGCCCGGGGAUGCCAGACCUGAAGCUGAGGCGGCUGAUGACUUCCCGCCCAGGCCUGAGGUAGAUCUGGCCUCCGAAGUGGCCUUGGAGGUGGUGCCGACGGCAGAGCCUGGCGUGUGGUUGGAGACUGAGGCCCCAGUGUCCGUGGUGGCUCAGCCUCAGUCCCUGCCAGCCACAGCCAGUGUGAGGAGGGAGAAUGUGGGCAUGGAGGUGGCGGUGCUGACCGAUGACCCGCUGCCCGUCGUGGACCAGCAGCAGGUGCUGGCCCGUCUGCAGCUGUUGGAGCAGCAGGUGGUGGGUGGAGAGCAGGCCAAGAACAAGGACCUGAAGGAGAAGCACAAGCGGCGUAAGCGCUACGCAGACGAGCGCAGGAAGCAGCUGGUGGCUGCCCUGCAGAACUCGGAUGAGGACAGCGGGGACUGGGUGCUGCUCAAUGUCUAUGACUCCAUCCAGGAGGAAGUUCGGGCCAAGAGCAAGCUGCUGGAGAAGAUGCAGAGGAAGCUUCGGGCAGCAGAGGUGGAGAUCAAAGAUCUGCAGUCUGAGUUUCAGCUGGAGAAGAUCGAUUACUUGGCCACCAUCCGCCGGCAGGAGCGUGACUCCAUGCUCUUGCAGCAACUCCUGGAGCAGGUGCAGCCCCUGAUUCGCAGGGACUGUAACUACAGCAACCUGGAGAAGAUUCGGCGUGAGUCCUGCUGGGAUGAAGAUAAUGGCUUCUGGAAGAUCCCACAGCCCGUCAUCACAAAAACCAGCCUCCCAGUAGCAGUUUCAACUGGGCCACAGAACAAACCAGCCCGCAAAACCUCUGUAGCAGACAACGGCGAGCCGAACAUGCAGGAGGAGGACCGCUAUAGGCUUAUGCUCAGCAGAAGCAACAGUGAAAACAUCGCCAGCAACUACUUCCGGUCUAAGCGGGCCAGCCAGAUCCUCUGCACCGACGCCAGGAAGAGCCUCACACAUCACAACUCGCCACCAGGCCUCAGCUGCCCACUCAGCAACAACCCUGCCAUCCCACCCACCCAGGCCCCUGAAAUGCCCCAGCCCCGGCCCUUCCGCCUCGAGUCCCUUGACAUCCCUUUCACCAAGGCCAAGCGUAAGAAAAGUAAAAGCAACUUUGGCAGUGAGCCUCUGUGAGCACAGCUGCCUGCCGCUGUCUGCCUUAUAGGCAUCUAGAGACUGCCAGGCCCUCCCAGGGCAGUCCCAGCCAGGCCUCCUCCCACCUGCCACACAGCGCUCCAGGGCCUGAGGGCUCCCUCAGCCCUGGGAAGACACAUUCCCUUCCCUGUUCCCCAGAGAGUCCACCUCUGCCCUGGGCAGGAGCCCCUUGGAGGCUGAACAGUCCUCCUUAGAGAGGCCUGCUCCAGCUGUUCGCAGCACAUCAGUGUUUCCAUCUGCUCACCUGCCACGGAGCCCACACCCAUGCCCACCAGUGUUGGUCUUUGCUUCAAAGCCUCAGACCUGCUUCAUGGCCUUCACCAGCCCUGAUGGAGUGGGCAGCAGCUGCCACGUGGAGGAAGCUCAGUAUCAGCCGGGAAGGAACUGUGCCUCUGCCUGACUGGCCCCACUUCCUGAGAACUGCCCUGCCCUGGGGGUGGUACAGGGGUCCCACAGAAAGUCUUCCUGCACUGCCCACCCCUGGCUGGUCUGUGGCCCAGGGAAGGCCACUCCACAUUAAGCUGCCCAAUAAACUGCUUUUAAGAUAA